AUGAUGAUGAUUGAUGAUGAUGAUGAUGAUGAUGAUGAUGAUGAUGAUGAUGAUGAUGAUGAUGAUGAUGAUGAUGAUGAUGAUGAUGAUGAUGAUGAUGAUGAUGAUGAUGAUGAUGAUGAUGAUGAUGAUGAUGAUGAUGAUGAUGAUGAUGAUGAUGAUGAUGAUGAUGAUGAUGAUGAUGAUGAUGAUGAUGAUGAUGAUUGA